AUGAUUUCUGCCAAGAAAACUCCGGAAAAGAGUCGUUAUCCUCUCCAUUAUCUUGUCUGGCAUAAUAAACACCGGCAACUGGAGAAAGAGCUCACGGCAAGCGAUCAGGUGAAUUUGGAGACUUUGGACCCCCGGGGACGUACCCCCCUCCACCUGGCAGUAACCCUGGGACACCUGGACUGUGCCCGGGUACUCCUGCAGCACGGAGCUGACGUCAGUAAAGAGAACAGGAAUGGAUGGACAGUGUUGCAAGAGGCCAUCAGCACACGCAACCCGGAGCUGGUGCGUCUAGUCCUGCGUUACCGUGACUACCAGCGUACCACAAAGAGACUAGCCGGGAUUCCCCUUCAGCUGGAGAGACUGCGUCAGGCUCAGGACUUUUAUGUAGAGAUGAAAUGGGAGUUUACAAGCUGGGUGCCCCUGGUGUCUCGGAUCUGCCCCAGUGACACAUACCGCGUGUGGAAGAGCGGCCAGUGUCUGCGAGUGGACACUACGCUCAUGGGCUUCGAGCAGAUGACCUGGCAACGAGGAAACCGAAGUUUCAUUUUUCGUGGUCAUGACUCCAGUGCCAUGGUGAUGGAGGUUGACCACGACAGGCAGCUAGUGUUCUGCGAGACGCUCCCCACCGUCUCCUCGCUGGCGUCUCCGUCCUCGAGGAGGAGCAGCGGGGCUCUGGGCCUGCUGGAGGCGCUGCAGCCUACAGACGAGCAGGUGGCGGCACGUCUCUCUGCCCCCGUGGUCACCACCCAGCUGGACACUCGCAACAUAUCCUUCGAGAGGAAUAAGACAGGCAUUCUGGGCUGGCGCAGUGAAAAAACAGAAGUGGUGAACGGCUACGAGUCCAAGGUCUAUGCUGCGUCUAACGUGGAGCUAAUCACUCGUACCAGGACAGAUCAUCUAAAUGAUCAGCAUAAAGCCAAACCCAAAGGCAGCAAGACACCCCUGCAAUCUUUCCUUGGCAUUGCCGAGCAACACAUGGGGCCUAACAACGGGACGCUGGUCACACAGACAUCAUACCCAGUCACUAACCCAGCAGCACUGACUGCAGAGGAAUACUUUAAUCCCAACAUGUCCCAUAACCAGCGCGACAUUGGCCAUCCAUGCCAACUCACCACCAAGACCCAGAGGUUCAAGGCGAAGCUGUGGCUUUGUGAGUCCCACCCUUUGUCCCUGGCCGAGCAGGUGGCCCCCAUCAUCGACCUCAUGGCUAUUUCCAAUGCCCUCUUCGCUAAACUCCGUGACUUCAUCACCCUACGCCUGCCCCCGGGCUUCCCUGUCAAGAUCGAGAUACCCAUCUACCACAUUCUGAACGCGCGCAUCACUUUUGGAAAUCUAAACGGCUGUGAGGACAGUGUUGUGACGGGCCGAGCGGAGGCAGAGAGAGACAGACAGAAAGAGAGUCCCAGGACAGAGACUCCCUCCCCAGGAAGUGACUCCUCCAGUGUAUCCAGCUCCAGCUCCACCAGCUCAUGUCGUGCAGGAGAGAUUCCUGCGUGUGUGUUUGAGGCUCCGCCUGGUUACAGUAUACUUGGAGGGAACCAGAGAGACAACAUGCGUGAAGAGGAAGACGACCUGCUGCAGUACGCCAUCCAGCAAAGCCUGUUAGAGGCUGGCUCAGAGUACGACCAGGUGACUAUCUGGGAGGCACUGACAAACAGCAAGCCAGGAACACACAGCCUUUCCUGUGACCCCAGUCGCAUCGAAAGGUCCGCAGUCACGCUCCGUAUCCUCCUUCUUAUCAGGACCCCACAGCACAAACCCAGCCCCGUGGCCAGUCCCCGGGGGACACCUACCAAUAAGACGCCAAAGAGUUAUGACGAGCAGCUGCGUUUGGCAAUGGAACUGUCUGCCCGCGAGCAGGAGGAAGCGGAGCUCCGGCAAAGACAAGAGGAGGAAGAGCUGCAGCGUAUCAUACAGCUGUCACUCAUGGAGAAGUGA